AAACGAUCCAAGUACUAUAUUCUCAUCAGUUGAGUCCAAAAACCCAAGUGAAAUUGAUAGAGAGACUGAGGGGAAAAUGGCAUUGAGAGCAGCCGUGCUACACCACAUUCGGGUGCCGGUGCAAACCCUAAGACUCAAAACAAAUCCAUGUGCUCCGUCCGGUUCAAUCCGGUCAAUGUCGUCGCAUGAUGACCAUCUGACCAAGGAAGAGGUCCUCGACAGAGUUGUCUCUGUUGUCAAGAGCUUCCCUAAAGUCGAUCCUUCCAGGGUGACUCCUGAAGUCCAUUUCCAAAAAGAUCUGGGCUUGGAUAGCUUGGACAAUGUGGAGAUUGUAAUGGCUCUAGAAGAGGAGUUCAAGCUUGAAAUUCCAGACAAGGAAGCCGAUAAGAUUGACUCUUGUAACCUUGCUAUUGAGUACAUUCAUAACCAUCCGCUGGCUAGUUGAUUUGAGCAUAUGGUUUCCCUCCCUUAAUUUCGUGGAAGACAAUGACAUUCUGUUUUGUUUGUUUUCCUUGUUCGGUGUUUGUAUGGAUUUGAUCCUCAUGCUGGGAUUGGAAAUAAUCUUAGUCUGAUAAGAGUAGCAUUGGCAGAACUGCCAUUUGACUUCAUUAUGCUUCUAAUACCAAAUGAUCACUAGUUUCCA